AUGUACGCAAAAUCACCCAUACGACAAAUGCGUCCAUUUUUGUCAAUAUCAUGGCAUAACGGUUUCUUACUCUCAUCGCUUUCUAGUUCAGUUGCAGCACUUUCUCCUGCAUUUUUUCAGCGUCGCAUGGUAACACUAGGUGAACUUGCCAAAGCCUUCAGCGAACUAGGAACCCCAACGGCAUCAAAUGCAGAAACAGCGCCAAUAUCGCAGGGUAUGUAUAGUCAUAAUGAUAUCAAGGAAACACAGGGGUUUUCUCUUAAAGAAAAUCGAACUUUCUUUCAUAAAAAAAAUGAGAGUCCCGAGGAAAAUGACAUCUCCACCGAAGAAGAGCACUCACCCGCGGCAGAUAAAUCCCUAAACAAGGCGAAGUGGCACCAGCAUCUCUUUACGACAUCGACUAUAUCAUCUCAAACGGCUACACAAUCAUUACUAAACCUUUCUCUUGCUUAUGCGCGGCAUCUGCGUUCACUAUCAGAGGUUGAUCUUACUGCCGAAGUAGGUAAAAGCUAUCGGUGUCUGAACUAUGGGAAUAUGAUACAAUGCUUGAUCGAGGUCUGGCGCCGGUUCGAUUGGCUGACUGUCACUACACCUACCAUCAGCACACAAUUUAGCGGUAAUGAAUGUCGGUACGUUAUGUGGAAUGCUAGUCCAAAAUUUUACUCGGACAAUCAAGACACUACAAAAGGAAGAAUUGAAGGAACUACAACAUCUUGUGAGGAUCAGGAAAAGGUUGCUAAUACUCAUCAAUGGAUAAACUCCAAUAUGUCGUUGGAUAGUUUGUAUAUCGCACCGAAGGAGGAAGUACCUAGCGCUGAGGUUAAUAGAUCUCCAGACUUUCGUACUGACCACCUUCUCGAGGGAGUAUUGCGGUGUCUGUGCAAGAUGGAUCUUAUCGAACUGGAGCCGGAAAUAUGUGCUUGGAUCGAGCAACAUGUGAGGGAGCUUCAUCUUGUUCAAGGUGUAGAAGCUGGAAAGGUCAUAAGAGCUCAAGGACCAAAUGCUACUGCGCUAUCAUAUACUCAAGACUCAUGCGGAGUCACUCCCUGUGGGGGUCGGUGGGCUUGGGAACUUGAAUUACCCUCCUCAGGUGUGCGUUGUCACUAUGCCUACCCUUGGCCAGCCGCAUUUGAGUUCACCAACAUUCAUUUGACACAUAAACCAAUUAAAAAUGACAAACAACAGCAUAAACUAGUGGGUAGGACUUAUGAACUAUCACUGCCUAACACUGGGACUCGUUUUGUGCACAAGCUAUCUGAGUACCUUCUCCAGUGGCUUCUAAUGCGUGUCUCCAGCUUUGAUGCAGAGAUGUCAGUCACAAUACUCCAUCUUGUGGUGCAGCAACGCCUUCUUUUCUCUGAUGCGCUUUUGGAGACGCUGGCUGACAACAUUAUUUUGGGCAUUCAGCGACUUGACAUGAAUCGGCUGUCAGUACUGAUUGACGCGAUUCAUCGGUACCAAAUGAGCAUCAUCAACAUGUCACGAUGGCAUAAUACUGGAAGGAAAGCAGAUGAUCGUCACCUCCUCGGAUCCACGGGGACGAUAGACCCCGGAUCCAGCAGCAUGCUUCUUGGGAUACCAAUUAUAUCGUCAACAACGUAUCAAGGUUCAUCUUUUUCAAAUAAUUCCUCUACACAGUAUUUACAGGCUGCACGCACUUUGCGUCAGAAUCCGGAUGGACAUCCAAUUGUGAAUGAAUGGCUCUACAACAGUGCAGUGGAGCAAAUGAUUCAGCUUCUCAGUUGUCAUCCGCAGGGAGACCACGCCGAAAUGGGGAAAAAGACAUUAAACAAAGCCACCAUAGUCUCUGCUGCAGACUUCUCGGGGUGGUCUCAGAUAUCACCUACGGGAUUCUUGUUCCUCACUCGAGCUCUUGCGAGGAUUACAUUCUUUCACCCAGGCCUCGUCCCUGCGAUGCAGCCUGGACUUGCAGCAUUCCUACGACAACAUCCUGAGCCUUAUUUAGGCAUUGUACUGCUGCUUGGUAGACGAGAAAAUUUCAUGGUCGAUUCCGAAGUUGUGUAUGUGCUGCUGAAAAAUCUCACUACAAUGUUGGAGCGCCGUAGGUGUGCAAAGAGCCCGGUGCUGGUCAAGCGGGCAAGUGAUGGUGCGGCGUGCAUGGAUAAUAGUUUGGAUACACUUAACGUAGCUGAGCACCAAGACCAAAAUUCCGUAGGUAAUGGAAUCCUUCCUUUAGGUGAUACAAGUCAUGCACUUGACCCAUGCUGUGCAGGCAACGACAUCAGGGGUGACGAAGAGGGAGAGCAGCAACUAAUGCUUUUAAGUGAUGAAUACUGUCACGACGAGCUUUCCUUUCAAGGUUUAGUUGAAUCAGGGGGCAUGUCCCUUUUUCAAGACUCUGCCCCACGCUAUCGGGUAGGCCUUAUUGACAUCUACGGCUUACCAACCUUCCUACGAAGCAUCACCCGAUUGUUUCGCCUUGCUUUAAAACAACAAUCCCAAGAAACAUCAGCAAUAUACAACACUGAAUGCAAGAACAGCAGAAUUUUCGACACAAAUAUGAAAAUCUACGACGAUGGCACUAAUAGUGAUACAAAGCGCGAGAUCUACCAAAACAUAACUCGAGAAGCUUUACAACGUGCUAUGAUCCAUUUCCUAAGGCUUCUUUACAUCGACACACAUUGUGGAAUCUCAUCUCUUGGGGCGCUUGAACACGACUUUCCACUAGUGGUGGUGCAGCGGUUGCUUUCUAUGGUUCUUGAUACGAACAAGCUCAUGGAGGAGCUAGUCGGUCCUACAGGUCCGUCCGCUGUGUCAUUGCAACGAACUGCGUCGUCAUCCGUCAUCGUAGCUAAGCCCACCUUGACUACUGGCACCGGAGGACAAGCCGAAAAGUUCAAUGCGAUCAGCAGUAAUGAUUCAAUUUCUGUCUUAGUGUCACACGUGCUUGUGGUAGAGUUGACGUAUGCCUGGGUACGGCAAAUUGGUUGCUGCUUUGGCAAGCGGCAGAACCACGUACUGUGGGGUUCUCCGGCUUGGCAACAACAGGUACUGCAUAUGGUGGAUCGUUUACAAUGGACUGGUGUGCUGAAGCGCAUGGAGUAUAAAUUUAGCGGAAAAUUAAUCCGAGGAGACGUGAAGUUCCAGAGUCGUGGACACGCAUCUUCCCAUUUUGGUGAGAGGACCGUUAUGCGUUAUGUAAUCCCGGAUGAGGUAUUGAAAAAAAACCAACGAGUAGAGAAAGCGGUUAAUCAGGAAAUAAAAAACAUAUCGCAGAGAAUGCUGGCUAGACAACCUGAAAAGUGGGAUGACUCAAAUGGUUUUCUGGAGGACCUUAGCGUUUCAGCUCCAGUGUUGCAAUCAUCUGCAGUGUUUGCACCUUUCUCAAGGGUGGUAAAUACUCUUCGUCGUCAAGAAGGGUAA